UGGACCAAGCGCCGGGUAAUCCUGCGGAGCUGUAGAGCAAGCGAGCGACUGUGAAGCUGGCUGGAGGACUGGAGCUGGCACAAGGCGACCGCGGCUAUCUCUGCGCUCCGAUCAUCCGCGGGGCUUCCCGACUGGACGAGCCCGGCCCUGCAAGAGCUGAGUACGGCUCCAGCCCCCCACCCUUCUCGCCGCGCUCAAGUGGCCGCAAGCUCGGGAGAGCUUUCGUGAUUUAGCACAAAGCACGUUUCCAAAAAGCGCCGGGGCCGCGCUCCCGCGCACGCAGUUCCCCUUCCCCUUUGUUCCGGGGGUCCACAGCCCGCUGUCCUCCCCUAGUCAGAAUUCUUCGCAAGGGGCGGAGGGCCGUCGAGUCUAGGCUGUGAAGAUGCCCUUGGAGCUGACUCAGAGCCGGGUGCAGAAGAUCUGGAUCCCCGUCGACCACCGCCCCUCGCUGCCCAGAUCCUGUGGGCCGAAGCUGACCAACUCCCCCACGGUGAUCGUCAUGGUGGGCCUGCCUGCCCGGGGCAAGACCUACAUCUCCAAGAAGCUGACUCGCUACCUCAACUGGAUUGGUGUCCCCACGAAAGUGUUCAACGUGGGCGAGUACCGCCGUGAGGCCGUGAAGCAGUACAGCUCCUACAGCUUCUUCCGCCCCGACAACGAGGAAGCCAUGAAAGUCCGGAAGCAGUGUGCUCUGGCUGCCUUGAGAGAUGUCGAAAGUUACCUGGUGAAGGAGGGGGGCCAAAUGGCAGUUUUCGAUGCCACCAAUACUACUAGAGAGAGGAGACAUAUGAUUCUUCAUUUUGCCAAAGAAAAUGGUUUCAAGGUAUUCUUCAUCGAGUCUGUGUGUGAUGACCCUACAGUCGUAGCUUCCAACAUCAUGGAAGUAAAAAUCUCCAGCCCGGAUUACAAGGACUGCAACUCAGCAGAAGCUAUGGAUGACUUCAUGAAGAGAAUUAGUUGCUAUGAGGCCAGCUAUCAGCCCCUGGACCCGGAUAAAUGUGACAGAGAUCUGUCCCUGAUUAAGGUGAUCGAUGUGGGCCGGCGGUUCUUGGUGAACAGAGUUCAGGACCACAUUCAGAGCCGAAUUGUAUACUACCUGAUGAAUAUCCACGUGCAGCCUCGUACCAUCUACCUGUGUCGGCACGGAGAGAGUGAGCACAACCUUCAGGGGAAGAUCGGAGGAGACUCGGGCCUUUCCAGCAGGGGCAGGAAGUUUGCCAACGCUCUGAGCACGUUUUUGGAGGAGCAGAACCUAAAGGAUCUCAGGGUGUGGACCAGCCAGCUGAAAAGUACCAUCCAGACGGCAGAAGCCCUUCAGCUUCCCUAUGAGCAGUGGAAGGCACUCAACGAAAUCGAUGCUGGCGUUUGUGAGGAGAUGACCUACGAGGAGAUCAAGGACACCUACCCUGAGGAGUACGUCCUGCGAGAGCAGGACAAAUAUUACUACCGCUACCCCACCGGGGAGUCCUACCAGGACCUGGUCCAGCGCCUGGAGCCGGUGAUCAUGGAGCUGGAGCGGCAGGAGAAUGUGCUGGUCAUCUGCCACCAGGCUGUCCUGCGCUGUCUCCUGGCCUACUUCCUGGACAAGAGUGCAGAGGAGAUGCCUUACCUGAAGUGCCCCCUCCACACCGUUCUGAAACUGACGCCCGUUGCCUACGGUUGCCGGGUAGAAUCCAUCUACCUGAAUGUGGAGUCAGUGAACACGCACCGGGAGAGGUCGGAGGAUGCCAAGAAGGGCCCUACCCCGCUCAUGAGACGCAAUAGUGUCACCCCACUAGCCAGCCCCGAGCCCACCAAAAAGCCUCGCAUCAGCAGCUUUGAGGAGCAUGUGGCUCCCACCUCCACUGCCCUGCCUGACUGCCUGCCCCCGGAGGUGCCCGCGCCGCUGCCCGGACAAGUGCGUUCGCCCAGUCCUCCCUUCCUUUGCUAGGGAAAGCUUGUUUCCUCUCCCAUGCAGCUGCUUCCUGUGGCUGACGCAUGUUGACUUAAUGGUGGGUCUGUCCAUUAAACUCAGCCUGUGAGAGAACAGUCCCAUGUCUGUUACCCCCGGAGGCAGGUAAUGUGCACAGAAUGCUCCAGCGUUGUUGUAAACGCUAGCCCUUGGAUUUGGAGGCUUUUACAUCUGUGCAUGGCCUGUUUCUUUGACCCCUAGCCUGAUGUUGCCAAGAAAAUCUUCCUACUGGGAGGAGCCAUUCAGGCUCAUGCCGCACCUUCUACAGUUGAACUGGUCCUUUUCUGAGGCUAAUAGCGCCCUUGGCCAGAAUCCCUCCAGUUCAGCAAAAAUGUACUCUCUGGACCCGUCACACUUGCACUCCACUCUAGGAUCCCAGUGUCCAGCCCCGCCUGGGAGUGUGAGCCCAUGUAUGGGACUGCACAUACCAAAUUUAUUAUUGAGUUCACAUCAAGCUGGGUUUGGAUCUGGGUUCUAUUAUCCUCUGUCUUGGAAACUCCGGCAAGGUAAUGCAAUUCUAGGGCUUCAGCCUCCUCAUCUAUGAAGUAGAGAGAGUGUGUUACAGGUGAUUUGAUAAUGAGAAUAUAGAUGUAGCACUUUGCAGAAUAUCUGGCACAGUCAGUGCCAGGGGACAAUAGCUGUUACCGUGGCAGAGUCAGUGCCCUGUGCUCUGGCAGGGGUGUCCAGGGCUCUUGGAUGUGCACACCACCCUACAUUUGAGGCCCUCCUGUUCCUUCUGUGCAGGCCAGUGGGAUUUCUCUUCAUGAGCAGCAGGAGAACCAAGAGACAGGGUGGGUGGGGGAGCCCCAGGGGUCCCAGGUGCUUUCCUGAGGAUGCCAGUGCUCAGGUUUCCUGGUAAAAUGGGUAUGAUACCUGGGCGGACACAGGUCCCUGCUGCCCUCUCCCGGGCCUGCAUUAGUGCACGGGGCCCACCGCCCGUUGGCAUUCACAAUGCAUCCUUGCUUUUUAAAUUUCAGAUGCACACUGCAGAGAAAAUAGUACUAAAAAUGUUUUGUUUUUCUUGUUUCCAACAUGUUUCUUCUUUUUCACCCACUAUGCUUGAAAGACGAACUGUCUGUCACAUUUUCUCAAAGUUUUCUCCUUACUAACCUUGGAAAGAACGUGAAAGGCUCCCAGAGCAGCAGCGACUCGCCCAGGACACACUGAGGCAGACCCAGCGGUUCAUUCCAUUUCCAUUCCUGCGGUUUAGCUAGUACCCUUCCACCUGCCCAAGGCCAACGAUCCCAGGGACUUCUGAAAUGGGGUGGGGUGGAAAGAGGGGUCUGCGGGUCAAAGAGAACCUGUGACUGAGACCCCAGAAUGCCUUUCCUGUGUGCGUGUGGAAUCCUGCUUCUGUGUCACGCGGGAGCCACCCCACCCUUUGCUCUCCAGGGCCUUUCAGAACUAUGUGGCCUCACCAGCUUUCCACAGGGUGUGGUGAGGACCCGGAGCAGUGGAAGAGGAGAGAAGGCCCUUCAAAGAGGACAAAGGUGCCUCCAGGCUGUUUUGUUUGUUUUCAUUUGUUUCUGUGCCCCUGUCCUAGAAUUAAAGGGAGCCUAGAUUCUAGUAGCCGAAGGGUAAAGGGGCAGUGAAAACCUUCAGGAGACUCUUGCAUCUUGAUGAAGAAUGGACCAGGCAGUGCAGUGCAGGGCCCUCCCUGAGGCGGAGGGAGAAAUCCCCACGCUGGAGAUGCCUGUCAGCUGCACAGCCACCGCAGGGCAGGCCCAUACACCUUUUGGUCUGCCUCCUGCCUCUGAAGGUGUUACAGGGACAGUCAGGCUGUGUAGGCAAAGGAAAUGUUUUGCCAGAAAUGCCCUAGGCCUCACCUUCCCAGGGAGCUCUGUGGACUGUGCUCUCCCUCCUGGAUGUGAGGCCCCAGGGAGGCAGCUGUGGGAGCCACUUGCUUUUGCACUUUUCCUGGAAGAACGGGUGCCCUGAAUGUUGCACCUUAUCAUCAGGAGCUGGGGUGAUUGGGCUUUGUGUCCUCAGGCUGGAGCUUUCAAAUGGGGAGCCUGUCAUGCCCAUGCAACAGGGGUUUAGCCACCCCAGGAGACUGGCCAGGGUGCGAGCGUCUGGAUCAUCUCAAGACUGAUCCUAGGAGAUAGCAUGGAGAAGCACACGAGCUUGGCUGCCACCUCCCUUCAGGACCUUCAGAACCUCCCAUGUUGCCCAGCAAGACCUCCCGUGCAUGGCUGCCUGGCAGGAUUCAGCUCACUUUGCACGCUUUCAUCUAGCAUCUGCUGUGUGCCCAGUGUGCUGCUGGGUUCCUUGGAGAGAACGUCCUCGCUUGCCUUCAUGGCACCUGUGGCGUUUUAGGGGGUUCAAAGCAGGGCCUGUGGAACAUGCGGUUCUAACUACCUGUAAUUUCUGCCUUCUGGUUUUUCCUUGUUGUCUCCAAGUCCUGGGGGGUAGUGAGGGUCUUGAGGCCCAGAAGAAACAGUUUGGAGACUCAGUGGUAUUUUGUCUGAAUGAUGCUUUUAAGGAUCUUUGACAGCUGGUGCCAAAGGUCACUUUCCUUUCCCACCCUCUGCUUACCCCUUCGGGCUUAGGAGGGAGUUACCAAGAGUGGGUUGAGGGCUUGGGCAUCUGGAGCUGGGAGUGGAGAGAAGUACUGCUUUUGUUUUUAGCUUGAGAGGAGCUUUUUGAGAAUGCAUGUUUCUCUGGUUGGGAUUCAGUGGGAAAUGGAGUCACGUUUCAACACCAUACAGGCAAGUUUGUGGGUUUCACACCAGCUGUUGACACCACCAGACACCACCACCCACCCUGCCCAUCAGCAGUCUGUCUGAGAGGGUGUCCUUUAUGUCCCUGUGUGACCGAAGGCUUGGGUUUUCCCUGCUGUCACAAGCCUUGCAGGCAGCUUGUGUGUGUGUGUGUGUGUGUUUGUGUGCACGUGUGGUCUUUUGCAUAUUUUUAGGACCCGCAGCUCUGCUCUUGAGAAUGGCUUGCACCCCACUUCCUGGCCCGCCUUGGGUGUCAGAGCUGACCCUGAUCUGAUCAGGCAUGGGGGCUGUGUGAAGGUGCAUGCCCCACCCUCCUACACGGGGACGGACUAAAUGUGGAACCAGGGGGAGACCUUGGGGAGAGCCAGCUGCUGCCCAAUCGGGCAGCCUGGGCUUGUGCGUUUGUGAGGUGGGUUGGGGGCUUCUGCUCUAUUGCCUGUUGCCCCUGCCUUCUGAAAAAUACCUGGGACCAAUUUUUUGAUGUCUCAUAUUUGUUUCUGGGUGGACUUACCUGCCCCACCCACACCUUCGAUUUCUGUCCUGAGACCAAGGGCAAAACUCUUCCUUUGUGGUGAGAAGAAAACCUGUUUGAACCACACCAAUGAUAUUUUUGUUUGUAAUACUUGAAAUUUAUUUUUUUAUUAUUUUGAUAGCAGAUGUGCUAUUUAUUUAUUUAAUAUGUAUAAGGGAGCCUGGAAAUAGGAAGCCGUAUGGAUUGGGUUAGUUGACAUUGGUUGGUUUAGGGGCCUCUUAUGUGUGACUUGACUUACGCCUUCUCCGCGUCCUGUAUAUUUGUCUGAAUUAAUUACCUGGGAUGAAGCUAUGGCAGCUUUCAAACAGGGGAUGCCUUUCAGAAAUUUGUAUAUUUUGCAUUUGCCAGAACAAUAAAAUACUGGUUGACAUACA